CUGCAUACUUACAGUAUUUCAGCCUUCGAAAUGAAUUGAACUCCAAGAGCUUCUCUGAACGUGCGCCCAUUGUUGUGCCACUUCGCUGGCAUGCGAGCAUACGAAUGAAGUAUCCAGCGGUAUUGCGUCGCCAUGUACUGGCCCGUUGGAGCACCCCGGAUAUAUGCAGCAAGCAACAGCAGGACAACAAGAAAGCGCGUUGUCGAGUCCGAUGAUGAUGCCGAAUCGCGCGAAACAACUGAGGGUACUGGCUCUGUUGAAGGGGAUGCCCCAAGCAAUGGAUCAGGAGGGAGGUCAGAUUACAGCCUUGAACCCAUUUCUGGGACGUCCACGCCGGUGACCCCAAUGACUCCGGGUAUCAAGCCUGUCGAACAAGAUAAUCAACGUCCUCUGUCAGCGCGACUCCUCGAACACGACUCUUCUGUACCUGGCAGAGCUUCAGAACUCGCAGGAAGGGAACCCAUACUGGCGCUGAGAGUAUCGAGGACGGGGCAUCUUUUUGCUGUCAUAACAUCAACGUCUCUGACAAUAUGGCAGACGAAGCCAACCGCCAUACUAGCUAUGGUUGUGAGGUCCAGCAAAUCUCUGAGGACUUACGGGCCAAAUGUUUCGUUGCUUGUACGACCUGAUUCUGCCAUCUUCGUCGUUCAGACUACGCUCGGCUACCUCAUCACAUAUAGCUUGGCUACUGAUCCAGACACUCGGGUAUACAGACCCCAUUUUGCGAAUCAUAUAAAUGGUCAAGCCCGGAGGCAGAGUAAUUUUAGUGGGACACGAAGUCAAGGGGGAGACAGGAUUCUCUGGGGACCUGGGGAAGGAGGAGGGGUCCGGGAUGUAAGUGUUCGAUUUCGGAUGGUGAUCAAGGUGGAUGCUGGUAUUGGAAGAGCGUUGGCACUUGAUGAUGAGAUUGUUGUUGCAACCCAAAAACCGGCAGCUAUCCAAUGCAUACGAUGGACCCCCGAUAGCACCGGAAAACAGACAAGUACUGAGCUGCUUAGCAAGAUGGAGUGGUUGUCGAAGAAGUCGACUGUUACGGAGAUGGUUCAUGACCGGCCCAUGAACUUGUCUACCUGGAUUACCAGCGAUGGCAGAGCGUAUGCCGUGCAACGGGUCUCUCCGUCAACGGACACAGAGGCACCCCAGAAACUAUUCAUGGGUUACUGUUUUCACACUCCCCAUACUGCUGGAUCAUAUGCAACCAAGUCCGCUAUUAAUGCUAGAUUUUCUCUCAUAGCUAUUGGCUGUACAGAUGGUACAAUCCAUGUCUACACGGCCAGAGACUAUGUGGGUAAUAUUCCACCCUCACACACACACAAAGCCUCGGUUUCUAGACAAUCUUCAGGCCGUCUGACAUGUUUAACUUAUUCUCCCGAUGGAUAUUGUCUCUUUGCUGGAUAUGAAAAUGGUUGGGCUAUGUGGAGUGUAUUUGGAAAGCCUGGAGCUACAAGUUUUAGUGCCGAUCGAAAUCUUUCCGAGCAAAACGAAGAAGGCUGGCUGUGUGGCAUCAAAGAAGCUGCUUGGAUUGGAGGAGGGUCAGAUAUUCUAAUGAUUGGCCUACGGGAUGAUCGUAUAUGGACCAUGGAGAUGGCUCGAAGCGCCAUCACUGGGUGUUAUACCUCAGCCAACAUUUCUCGAACAUUACUUCAAACCACAUCAAGCUUAAUGAUAUACCGAGGAUAUGAUCUACCCGACUUGACAACAAUAUCGGCCGAAACAUCUUUGUGGCACAUUGCCCAGAUACCUUCUAGUUACUUGGUGGAUCAGUGGCCAAUCCGAUCAUCUGCCAUAUCUGCUGACGGCAGAUACGUCGCCGUGGCUGGUCGGCGUGGGUUGGCACACUAUAGUGUCAACAGCGGGAGAUGGAAAACUUUCGUCAAUGAAAAUAUGGAAAACGAGUUCCAGGUAAGAGGAGGUAUGUGCUGGCAUCAACAUAUUCUCAUAGCUGCUGUGGAAGCUGGAGAAUCCUUUGAAAUACGCCUCUUCUCUCGCGAGGCAGCGCUUGACAAUUCGUUAGUGCUUCAUGUCGAGGUAUUGCCAGCCCCUGUUGUUCUCAUUGCACCUUCUGGGGACGACUCGCUCUUGGUUUAUACCUAUGACAAUCUCUUAUAUCACUAUAUCUUUAUGGCAACAUCUAGAACAGUCAAACUUGUUCAAGUUGGCCAAAUUGCCUUUCACGGGAUCGUGAGGUCGCCUGCUAGAGUUAGGGGUCUCAGCUGGAUCUUACCAGAGGAGCAGCUAGUCGAGGGCGACCCAUCACAGGAUGUUGCUGUUGCCACUGUUUUGUUUCUCGUUGACGGCAAGUUGGUUCUCCUUCAGCCGUCACUCAACGAGGAAAACCAACUCAAAUAUGAUAUGCGUGUAAUCUCUCAAAAUGUCGAAUACUACGCUUUGAUGAGAGAUCAGCAGGUUUCCAACCCUCCACGAGGUGUGGGGGCGUCGGUUUACGGAACAGCCGGAGAAGAAAAUGGUCAGGAUGAGGGAAAUGGCCCACUUCGAGACUCGUUAUGGACUUUUGAGGGCAAUGAUAUGAAGGUUUGGACCGAUGUCCAGGAUGUACUUCGAUCUGCCUCUACGGAACUGGCUCGGGAGUUACCACCGAUGGUUUCAAUACCGAUAGAUUUCUACCCCUUAUCAGUCUUACUAGGGAAAGGAAUCCUUAUUGGCAUUGAACCUGAGAUUGUUCAGCGCAGGGAUGUGAGCUUCGCUUUUUUCAGAUUCACCGUAGGGACUCACUUGUUCAUACCUCAGGUUCUUCGGUUCCAUCUGGCUCGGUAUGAUUCGCCUGCGGCAUUACACUUCGCUCACCAGUAUCGAAACCUCGCAUACUUUGCCCACUCUCUAGAGAUCCUCCUUCACAAUGUUCUUGACGAAGAAGUAGAUACAGCACCGCCUCCAGAGACCGCUCUGCUACCUGGUGUGCUCUCAUUUUUGUCUUCGUUCAGCCAAUACCUUGAUAUUGUGGUGCAAUGUACCCGAAAGACGGAAGUGCGAUCAUGGCGCACGCUUUUCACAUACCUACCGCCUCCUCAGGAGCUCUUCGAGGAGUCUCUUCGGAGAGGCUUGCUGAAGACAGCUGGUGGAUACUUGCUUAUCCUCCACAAUUUCGAGGAAUUAAGCUCAAGUUCGGAACAGUUGGUCCGGCUGCUCGCAAGAGCCAAGGACGAAGGGGACUGGGAAUUGUGUAAAGAGCUUGCACGAUUUCUAGCAGCUUUGGAUGAGAGCGGAGCCACGCUGGUGGAGGCGUUAGAGCUCUUCAUCUCUUCGCGGGGGAACGAAUACUUCUGUGAAAUUGACGAGGAUUAUCUAACGGACCGAUUCAAUCUUACCGGCCUGAAUACAGAAGUACAAUACUAUCAAUAUGCCUUGGAUCUUGUCACAGAUGUCUUCGAUCUCGACUGCGAUGAUGAAAUGCGGGAGACCAUCGAAAAGUCUGCAAGGCACCUCUAUGGACUUGUGCAUGCAAGAUACAUUGUAACGACGAGGGGCUUGGCAAAGAUGCUCGAGAAGUAUAAGAAGGCCGAUUUCGGGAAAUGCCCACGCGUUAUGUGCAAGUCACACCCCCUCUUGCCCAUGGGCCAAUCAGACGUCCCCAACGUGAAGGCAGUCAAGCUCUACUGUGCCAGAUGUGAAGAUAUAUACAAUCCCAAGUCUUCCAGGCACUCUGCUAUCGAUGGUGCCUACUUCGGCUCGUCCUUCCACAACAUCAUUUUUCAAGUUUAUCCGGCCCUGAUCCCUACGAAGAGCUACGAUCGAUACGUGCCAAGGAUUUAUGGUUUCAAGGUCCAUGCUCCAGCGACCUUGAUACGGUGGCAGCACGCAGAAAGGGAUGAUAUGCGAAGACGCCUGCGCAAGCUCGAGAUCGAAAGUGGUUUCAAGGAGGAUGAAGAGGAUGUUGACGCCGAAGAUUCGGAAGAGGAGGAAGAAGAGAACGUCAACAUCGAGGGGCUGGAAAAGAGAGAGAUGGUGCGAGGGGAGGGCCAGUGA